GAUAUCAGCUCACCGCAACAUCCGCCUGCCGGGUUCAAGCGAUUUUCCUGCCUCAGACUCAUGCCAGGCGCAUGCCUGUAGCUGGGAUUACAGGCAUGCACCACCAGGCCCGGCUAAUUUUGUUUUUUUAGUAGAGACGGGGUUUUCAGGCUGGUCUGAACUUCCGACCUCAGGUGAUCCACCCGCCUCGGCCUCCCAAAGUGCUGGGAUUACAGGCGUGAGCCACCGUGCCCGGGCCAGGCGGGAGCUCUCUAGAUCUUAUCUUAUCUUGGUCGGCCCCGGACAUCGUGGUGGGAGGGGAACCUUCCUCAUAUCCGGGCGCUGGCCUCUUUGGGCUUGGGAGAGAGGAACUCAGUGAUCAUAGAGCUGGCCAAAUGCCGGGGUAGAGGGGACCGGAAGUUGGUUUUUUUUUUUUGCCCCCGCGCAGCGGCUGGAUCGCAUCUCAGCUGGUUCGCUUGGGUUAGAGCUCCUGUCAAACUUUCGUUCGGCCCCUAGCACUUGGUAGCCCCGGAGUGUGGGCUGUCUCCACUACCAGACUCACUUCAGUACCAGCCUUUGGGAAGCUGUGUGAAUACCUCGGUGUCUUAGCCACAGGGACAGAAUGGCGGCCUGACGGAGUCGCGGCGCCGGCCAGGUCGCUCAAGGCGCGAGCCGGAACCCCCAGACCAGCUCAAGCGGGAGCCAAAACUCGGAGCUUGGAAGAAUUAGCAGGAAAUGGCGGAUGAGGCGUUGUUUUUGCUUCUCCAUAACGAGAUGGUGUCUGGAGUGUACAAGUCCGCGGAGCAGGGGGAGGUGGAAAACGGACGAUGUAUUACUAAGCUGGAAAACAUGGGGUUUCGAGUGGGACAAGGAUUGAUAGAAAGGUUUACAAAAGAUACUGCAAGGUUCAAGGAUGAGUUAGAUAUCAUGAAGUUCAUUUGUAAAGAUUUUUGGACUACGGUAUUCAAGAAACAAAUCGACAAUCUAAGGACAAAUCAUCAGGGCAUCUAUGUACUUCAGGACAACAAAUUUCGCCUGCUUACUCAGAUGUCUGCAGGAAAACAGUAUUUAGAACAUGCAUCUAAGUAUUUAGCAUUUACAUGUGGCUUAAUCAGAGGUGGCUUAUCAAACUUGGGAAUAAAAAGUAUUGUAACAGCUGAAGUGUCUUCAAUGCCUGCUUGCAAAUUUCAGGUGAUGAUACAGAAGCUGUAGAACAUACUGAAAUGCAAGGCUUCAACAGUGUAAAGAGAUAAAUUAUUUGUGUAAAAGUAUUUCAAGUAGUGAUGAUUUAAUUACAUUGUUUGAUGUUUGUGCAGGAGUAAGCAUGUAUUUUUAUCAGUUUAACACAGAUCAACUCAAAGGAGAUAAAGGGACAUUCUGCCAUGACAUACACUUAACCAAAAUUAUUCAAAAUGAAAACCUGAUUUCAAAUAACCGGACACCAAGAUGUAGGACCCUUAUUUUAAACCUUUUUAUUUGGUUAGAGUGAUAUGUAUUUAGCCAUAGAUGGAGAAACAAAGCUCAGGGUUUGUUGAAUUAGCAUGAGAGAAAAUUAUGUACCAACAGAAUUAUUUGUGAUAAGAAUGAACAAGUUUUUAUUUUAAAAAGCAAACAUACUAAAUUUUUUUAUUUUAUUGCUUAUAAUUUAUUAAGAAUUUUUCCACCUGUAUAAGGAUUUCAUAUAUACAUUGUAUGUGUGUAUAUAUAAAUACAAAUAUGACUGCCUAAAUUGUUUAUAAAUUUAAUUUUGCUUUAAUAUGUUUCAUUCCUUCAGAGCUCCAUUAAUGUGAUCAAAAUGAAAUAAUAGAUUAGUUUAAAUGUGAAUUCAGUGACUCUAGGGCCAAAGAAUAUUAGGUAUGUUUGGAAAGAAUUUUUGAAUUUAUUCCUGUUACAGUUUUGACUUUCACCUUCUCUCCCCAUGCGUGGAAGUCCUGGUAAAGGGUCUAACAUCUUUAUUCCCUUCUUUACUCUUCCAGCUGAGCAGAGAGGUGGAUAAUUGGAUUAGUCAUUCUGACAUUUUUUGGACCAUAUCAUCUUAGUGGUUUGGGGUCAGUGCUCAUCUGAUAUAUCUUUCUUACCACCUCUUCUACUUACUUUCUCAUACUUAAAUUAUUUGACAUAAGCAGAUAUCUCCAGCUUUUGUUAGAACCUUGCAUGUUUUGAUUACUAAAACUAUACUUUGUUUCCCAUUUAUUUAUUACCCUUUUGCAUGUAUUUGUGUGACAGGGAACUAUGCAGGAGGGGGUGACUGACUCACCAAACAAGAUGUUUCACUGGAUACUCUGCCAUAGAAAUGGCAGAUUAAGAAGAUUGACUAAACCAAACAUUAUAUUAAAAACAUGAAAUAAAAACUAUAAAAAUGUACUUUAGAACAUUAAAGAAAACUCAACUUAGAGGCAUACCAUUUUCCUUUCAUGGAAGGGUACAGUACAAAGUUAUUUGUUUAACUUGAUUUAUUAAAUUCUAGCCAUGUGCCCUAUAAUGAUGUUUCAGUCAAUGACUGACCACAUAUAUGGCGGUGGUUCCAUAAGAUUACAAUACUGUAUUUUUACUGUACCUUCUUUAUGUUUAGAUAUGCAAGUAUUUACCAUUGUGUUACAGUGUCCUACAGUGUUCACUACAAUAAUAUGCUGUACAGGUUUGUAGCCUAGGAGCAAUAGGUCAUAGCCUAGGUGUAUAGUAGAUCAUACCAUCUAAGUUUGUGUAAGUACACUCUGUGAUUGUACAGUUUUAAAAUCUCCUAAUGAUGAUGCAUUUCUCAGAAUGUAUCCCCUUUGCUAAGCAAUGCAUGACUGCAAUCCUAAUUCUCACAUAUUUUGGGGAAAAAAUUUUAAUUUUGAAAAAAUUUAGGAAAGUUCCUACCAAAUAUACAUAUAUAAAGUUUAUUAAGUUAAAAGUCAUAAGGACCCAGGAAUAGCUAAUGACACAGAAGAUCAAAAUAGAACACAGUAGAGAACUUCAAAGUAAAACAGGUGUGGGAAAAAGGUGGGUUCAGAUAAGUUGGUUUGUUAGACAUUCAUAUGCCUACCCAUCAGCCGUUUCGUUCUCCCUUGCUGACAAAGCCCCAUGUUUUUUUCUUUUUUCUUUUUUUUUUUGGUCUAAAACUCUGUAUGGCUGCCUUGUACUGUAGAAUAGGGUGCUUCCCUAGUCCAGAGAGGGUGAGUGUUGAUUAGAUUCUGUGCCAAUCAUGGUAUUGGCUUGCCUGAUCAUUUGAUGGAAUCUCGGCUAAUGAGAUAAAGGAAGUCUGAAGACUUUGAAUAAGAAAUUUUCUGUUGCUCUUAACAACUGAUACAAGAUAGGGAUUUGCCGGCAUCCCUUUUCUGCUUCUCAGUGAAGAUAUGUGAUAUGGAUGUUUGAAGCUAAUCUGCAAUGGCCUUCUGAUGGCCAUGAAAGGACAAGUAUGGAGAUGAAAGCUAUCACACUGAGGAUAGCGGGAUGUAGAUAGAAAGCACCUGAAUUGUGCUUCUGAAUUAACCAAUCUGGGAACUGCUUUACCUGUGGACUUUUUGUUAUGUGAGAUAUUCUUUAUAUUGUUCCAUUCACUUUGGGUAUAUGUAUAUUGUUACUUGUAGCCAAAAAGAAACCUCUCUUAGUAGAAACAAAGGGAGAGUUAGGUUAUUCAAAAAAUAGUAUGGGACAAUUGAAUAUCCCUUCUUCUAUGGGAGUAGGUGGGGAGAAACUUAAAGGUUCACAUGUAAAACAAUAAAGUACUAAAGAAAACAUAA